AUGGUGGUAGGUAUUGGAAUGAUUAUUGGACAUGAAAUAACACAUGGAUUUGAUGAUACUGGUUGUGAAUUUGAUAAAGAUGGAAAUCGAAUUCCUUGGUGGUCUGAUCAAACAAUUGAAAAAUUCAAUGAUCAUAAACAAUGUUUUAUUGAACAAUAUAGUAACUUUACUCUGUCACAAAUUCAUAUGAAUAUUAAUGGUAAUCAAACACAAGGUGAAGAUAUUGCUGACAAUGGUGGAAUUAAAGCAGCUUUUUAUGCAUAUCAAAAUUGGGCUAAAACUAAUGUAAACAUGGACAAAAAAUUACCAGGUCUAACAAAAUAUUCUCCUGAACAACUCUUUUUUAUUAAUUUUGCUCAAACAUGGUGUAUUAAAAUGACUGAUUCAUAUGCACUUCAUCAAAUUUUUAAUAGUGUUCAUUCACCUGUGCAAUUUAGAGUAAUUGGCCCUACAUCAAAUUUUGACGAAUUUGAUCGAGUAUUUGGUUGUAAACCAGGUCAAGGAAAUAGUCGAAAUACAGGUCUUGUCAAUGGAUCAUUUAAUACAGAUCGUCGAUGGAUUGUAACUGAAAAUAGACUUUUCAUUAGAAGUACUUUUUCACUGAAUGAUACAUCAGUAAAAGUAAAUAUUCAAUAUAAUUGUUCCGUAUCUGAUUAUUGUGAUCUCGAAUUUCUACGUGAAAUUUUAUCAUCAAAUUGGUCUACAAUACAAGUACAACCUAUUCGUGAAAAACUUGUCUCUCGUCUUUAUAAUCCAAAUAAUACUGAUCCUAUAGAAUGUCUAAGUAAUAAUAAUAAUUCAUGUCUUCAAAAUGAAUCACUUUGUCUCGUCAAGUAUUAUUAUUGGGAAAACGAUAAAGAUGUAGUUGUUUUUGGUGCAUGUCAGAAUAUAAACAACUCACCAAUAGUUCAAUGGUCUCAAUUAUAUGAGCCAUAUGGAAUAGGGAAAAGUUUGACUGAAUCUGGUUUAUACUAUUGUAAUACUCCAACCUGUGGAUAUAAUACAAGUGCUAUUGAGACUUUUCAGAUGUUAUCAAGUGAAUAUAUCUUACCUGUUAAUUUGUCAGUAAUCAAUGCAACAACAUCACCUUCGCCAACGAGGACGUUUCCCUCAACAAUUACUUCGACGAGUACAUUGACAGAAUCAGCAUUAACAACAACAUCAAAUGAUGCACCAUGUCUAUUGGUACAUUUCUUCAACACAUUAAUCAUUUCUUUUUUAAUAACAAAGUAUUUUUGGAUAUUUUAA